UGUGAGUUAUAAAGCAAAACUAGGCAGAAGAGCUGGUACAGAGAGAAGAGAAAAAUGGAGAAGAUAACACACAAGACGGUGGGCGCGAAUGGGAUAAACAUGCACAUUGCAGAAUUGGGGGAAGGCCCCUUGGUCCUCUUCCUCCACGGCUUCCCUGAGCUCUGGUUCUCAUGGCGCUACCAGAUCCUCUUUCUCGCCGCCAAAGGCUACCGGGCCGUGGCGCCGGACCUUCGCGGCUACGGCGAAACCACCGGCGCGCCCACCAAUGACUCUUCAAAAUCCACCGUCUUUCACGCUGUGGGUGACCUCAUAGAGCUCCUCCAGUCCAUCGCUCCUGAGGAAGACAAAGUGUUCGUUGUGGGUCAUGACUGGGGCGCAAUCAUAGCUUGGCACUUGUGCCUGUUUCGGCCGGAUAAAGUGAAGGCUUUGGUCAACCUUAGCGUUCAUUUUCUCGCUAGGGAUCCUCAUCAAGACCUUGUUGAAAUCUAUAGGGCCACGUAUGGAGAUGAUCACUACUUCGUCAGAUUCCAGGUACCAGGGGAGAUAGAAGCGGAGUUUGCUCAUCUUGGAGUGAAGACAUGUCUCAAAGACUUUUUUACAUACCACAAACCACAACAAUUGUAUUUUCCUAAAGGCAAAGGCUUUAGUGCAAAUUCCGAUGGCUCAAACGCCCUGCCGGCAUGGUUGCCGGAGGAAGACUUGGACUAUUACGUCAGCCGGUAUGAGAAGACAGGCUUCACCGGAGGAGUGAACUACUACCGAGCUUUGAAAUUAAACUGGGAGCUGACUGCACCUUGGUCUGAAGGCAAAGUGAUGGUGCCAACCAAAUUCAUAGUUGGAGACCUGGACUUGGUUUACCAUAUUGAAGGUGCAAAAGAAUACAUACAUGAUGGAGGGUUCAAGAAUGAUGUGCCAUUGCUGGAAGAUGUGGUUGUUCUUGAAGGUGUGGGUCAUUUCAUCAACCAAGAAGCACAUGAAGAGGUUAACAACCACAUUUACAACUUCAUAAACAAGUUCUAGAUUGGCCGUGCUUUUCUAUAAUCAAGCUUGCUCUAUGUUUACCACCAAUAAUAAACUUAAUAGCUAGUCAAGCCAAGUUCCUUGUGGUUCUUUGCUUGCUAUGUUUACUUAUGCAUACAAUAAUGUAAACUAUUUUAUUGUCAUGGUAUAAUGGAUUAAAAGGUAUAAUCCUA